ACAACGGGGCGGGGCUGCGGCCGCCAUCGCUGCCGCCGCCGCCGCCAUGCAGAGAGAGGAGAAGCAGCUGGAGCUGACCCUGGAGGCACUCAUCAGUCAGGUGGCUGACCUGAAGAACUCCUUGGUCAGUUUUAUCUACAAGCUAGAGAACGAGUAUGACCGACUCACAUGGCCUUCAGUUCUGGACAGCUUUGCACUGCUCUCAGGACAGCUGAACACCUUGAAUAAAGUGCUGAAGCACGAGAAGACCCCACUACUGAGGAACCAGGUGAUCAUCCCCCUCGUGCUGUCUCCAGACCGCGAUGAGGAGAUCAUGCGGCAGACGGAGGGGCGCGUGCCGGUGUUCAGCCAUGAAGUGGUGCCCGACCACCUCCGAACGAAGCCCGACCCUGAGGUGGAGGAGCAGGAGAAGCAGCUGAUCACAGAUGCAGCUCGAAUUAGCCCUGAUGCAGCACAGAAACAGAUCCAAAGUCUGAACAAAAUGUGCUCAAAUUUGCUGGAGAAAAUCAGUAAGGAGGAGCGUGAAUCUGAAAGUGGAGGUUUACGACAGAACAAGCAGACCUUCAACCCUGCAGAUACCAAUGCACUGGUGGCAGCUGUGGCCUUUGGGAAGGGGCUGUCCAACCGGAGACCUCCGGGCUCUGGGGCAUCUGUCCAGUCAGGCCAGCCAGGAGCUGGUGCCAUCAUUGCAGGUGCUUCAGGCAUGCAGCAGGUGCCAAUGACAGGUGCACCAGCUCAGCAGCAGCCAAUGCUGGCAGGAGUGCAGAUGGCACCAGCAGGACAGCCAGGAAAAAUGCCGAGUGGCAUAAAAACAAAUAUAAAAUCUGCCUCAAUGCAUCCAUAUCAGAGAUAAGUUGAGAUGAACCGGACCCUGGGGGAACAGCAACAUUGUUACUGCUGCAAGCCCCCCACCUGGAUUCCUUCUAGGACUUCCAAGUCCCUUCACAUAUCCACACACUAUAUCUGGGAAGACAGGGCUUGUAAGGCCCUUCCCUGGAUUUAAUUUAGUGCUUGGUGGCUUGUGUGGAGCUGCUGCUGGCCAUGUCUCCUGGACACAAGUACUUCUCUGUUCAGGCAGAGCAGAGGACUUUGCUUCUGGCAUUGAUGCCAUCUUCUCCAGCUCUGGCCUGGAGGAUAACUACCCUUUCCCAAUACAGAACCUGAAGAGCUGCACAGAGCUCCUUGUUUCUGCUUGUUCACUUGAUAUGUUCUUUCUUUAUUCCAUCUUGAUUAAUAAAGACCGUGUUAUGCUCA